CAUAAUGCAAAGCGUAGCUGAGUGAGAAGAAAAGGGAAAAGAACAGUCAAAACAGUGCAGCUUCAUACACAGAAGUAUCAGUCUGUUCUCUCCUAAAAUCUGCACCUCCUAAGGAAUGUUGUGUUAACGUCACUCAUAUGCAGGUGGAUGCUACUCCGAUGAACGCAGGGGAUGGAGGCCCAGUGAUCACAGAGACUGGCGCUCCGAACAAGGCGUCUGCGAGCAUGGUGGGGAACCCGCCUCAGACCCUGCCUCCGGAGCUCAGAGGAGACGUGCCCCUCAGCCAGCAGACCGACCCGGCGACGGCCGCUGACUGCAAAAUCGCUGAUGCCUCUUCAGAAGUCAGCUCCUGUCCAGAGGUCCCUCCCUCUCCCCAGUCUAACAGCACACCCUCAUUAAGCCCCGCCCCUGUGAACACUGCAGCACGCGAAAAAGCAGAGAUCCCUAAAUCCGGUGCGGACCACGCGGUGGUUUUUUCCAUGCGGCAGUGGGCGGGUGGCAAGAAGGUGCCUCUGAAGGCGAGUCCCAGCGACGUGAAUGCGAACAAGAGAUCGAGCGCGCAGACCCAACCCGUGAUCAGUCUUCCCUCAGGGUUCCAGGGCUCCUCACUUUUCAAACCUGGCCAGCAGGUUGCCUUUAUCCCCUCCAACUUUACCUCCCCCUUGUGCACGAUAACCUUGCCCCCCGGCUUGGGCCAAAUCGCAGCUUUAAGGGAAGCCACAGCCAACCAGUUCCGCGCAGACUGCCGGCCGCAAAGUUCAAGCGCCAGCACAGUCCCCCAGCUCCAGGCCUAUCCUUACCACUUUUCUGUGGGCAGAGCGCUCACACCCGAAACCAGACCCGCUUCAGCAGCACCGAAAACCAAGCAGGGCCCUGUCUCUGACAGCAAGAGCUUGAAAGCAGCUGCGGAGCACGGUUCAGCCCUGGAUUCUGUGGCUGCGCCCACCACAGCUCCUCGGUUCAAGCAGCCGGCCUCAGGCUCUGCCCCCCAGGCCCCUCUUUCAGUCUUUCCCUCUGCUCCCAUUUGCUGUAGCCCCACCCUACCCAGUGUAAGUACACACAGCAGGCUGCUGAACCACUUAGAGAAAGGUCCGUCGCAUCGCAGCGCUGAUAAGACAUCAAUAACGUACGCAAGACUCAAGGCUCCAUGUGUUACACAGGAGCAUGUUCUUGCUGAAGCGAGGGACAUGCCCCUCGACUUGUCCUCAAAGUCCAAACGUCCAAAAACUACUAAGGAUCCUCAAACCCCUUCCCAAGCCAAUGAGCACAACCCUCCAGAAGCUGGUCAGAACGAGACAGUCUCUCAAAAGAAGGCCGUGACUGCCAGUUUUGGGCCUGAUGUUCAUCAAGCUAUUUUCCCAGACCCCCUGAGAAAUGGUGCUCCUCCAAAGCAAGCCACACAACUCUUGAAUCACCAGGUUCUUGAACCAUCUGUACCUUGGCCUAAGAGUGGUCCACAGGGCUCCAUUAACAACCUGACGGGGACCUAUGUGGGUGUGGCCAGCCCCAUUUUAGCUUCUACACUGCGCAGCAAAGAUGGCAAAGGGGCUGCCUUUGUGGAAGACCUCCAGAACACUGCUAAACCAGAGACCAUCUCAAUUAUUGACCAAGGAGAGCAGCUGGUCUCUAGGGGCAAAAAAGAACCAUCCGUAACAAAAGACGCCCAGCAUAUUAUGGGUUCCAUGUAUUCUAACAAUGCCUGUUUACAUGGAACAAAGGUUUGCACAUCCAAGGAUACUUUCCCUACUGCUGAACCCAUCCCCGCAGGUUCCCAUCCUCAUCGUAAACUCAGUAGUGGAAGGGCGGCUGUGCCGCUCUCUCCUGCUGUUGACAGUCCUUCACAGCACCAGCCCGUUCUUCCUCACCAAGGGUCCAUGGUGCAGCGGAAGGUCAUUCAGGUGACCCCCAAACUACGUGUGUUCACUGGCUGUGAAGGUCCUCUGCUUCAGAGCGCCCACCCAAGCUCACCAAAAAUUCCCGAGAAGAAGUGGGGCAAGACGAAGUCUCCCUUGUCCAAUCUUGAGUCCAUAGUGAAACAGAAAGCCCUGGAGACGUCGACGCUUUCCGUCAAGGGAUGCAACAGUCCUGCCGCUGCAGGCCCAAGAAGGCCUGACGCCUUGAGCCUGCACUUUGGGUCCCAGGACACUCAGCCUCGGCAGGUGGACACAAGUGAAUUCCUGCCGUUCAGAUCUGUGAAGAGGAGAGAUGGAAACCCGGAGGCGGAUUCUUCAGAGGGGGCACCUGCCAAAGUUACCUGCAAUCAAGAGAACAGGAGUAUAGCAGAGCUUAGAGAGAAGACCACUGAAAAAUGUCUCAAACGGGAAGAAAAAACAGGGAGUGACGAGCACUCUGAUAGCUCAAGACUCCAUACUCAGAUAUUUGUUGGUUGUGGACCAGCUGACAAAAACAGGAUUGAAACCAGUUCGGUCCAGAAGGCAGGGGAGGAAAGGGAGAAGCCAGUAUUUGAGGGCCUCCCUCCUUGUGUGAAGCUGGAGGAAAUUGCUCUAUCCAUCCUGAAGGGUCAGUGUGCAGAUGUAGCUGAACUGAGGAAGGAGUCGCAUGUAACCAAAGAGGGGUCCCCAUCAAAAGCAGAAGCUGCUGUUAGCAUAAACAAAAAGGUCAGCCCGAGCAGGCUUGAGAAAGCAUCUCCAGCAUCCACAAGGAAGAUGGUGACGAGCUUAAAGAGAUCACAUGACAAGGACAGAACAACGGAGUGGCAUCAGAGCAAGAAACAGAAGAAACAAUGGGUACCUGCACCAGAGUCGAGGCAGCAGGAUGCGGCUACAUCCCAGCUGGGCAAGGAGACGGAAGAGACUACUAGGGGAUGGACUGGCCUUGACGAUGUGCUGCAGCUCUCUUACAACAAAACAGGUAAUGAGAGCAUAUCCAUCACACCCAGCAAGGGCACCACAGAGGCCCCGGGUUCACAGAGCAGCCCGGGCUGGCUGAGUAAGGAGCUACAGUCCUCAGGUGGUCGCCCGCCCAGGUUGAGGAGGGGACGCCGGCGUACGGACGAGGCUCGACAGGAGGGGUGGAGUCCUCCCGCAGCAUCUCCUCCUGUAACGUCUCCUCCUGCAACGUCUCCUCCUGCAACAUCUCCUCCCGCCCCUCAACCCCAAAUCCGCAGGCCGAGGGGAAGACCCCGCUCCACUCCGCUGCCUGACCAGCCCCGCAGCGGGACGCCGAAGCCAGCGAACGGCAGCGAGGGGGACGCCUCCGUAAAGAAGAGGAAGCGUCGCAGGAACAGCAAAUACCAGAACGGGGAGUACGUCACCGAGAGGGACCGGGCCGGAGAAGGGGACGAGACGUGUGUGACCACACGGCAGGCCACCCGAGCUGGGACAGACCAAAGGAUGGGUCUGUACCCAAGAACCAGCCCCACAGUGGCGUAUCGGAGUACCAGCCCAGACACCAGUCCCAGGAAGGGUCUGCUGACCCGUUCGGGGUCUGCCCGUCACCCAGAGUGCCAUGCCUCUCCUGAGCCCGCUGAUAAACCCUCGGGGAAGAGGAAGUUCAAAAGCAAACAUUUAUGCAGUACAGAUGAGGAGAAGAAGCUCAAGACCAAACGUGGCAGCUCAGGCAGACGCUCCUCCUCUCUCAUUGCCGAUGCUGACAGCCCUUUGGCGAAGAAAUCGCCUCCCAGGGGGCUAUCCUCUCCAACUGCCAGCAAGACAGGCGGUGCCAGGAGGGGAAGGACUCCAGAAUCCCCCCCUGGCCGACCUGUCCCUCCAGAGGUUCGCCGGCUGAUUGUCAAUAAGAAUGCCGGGGAAACUCUGCUUCAAAGAGCGGCCAGAUUGGGCUACCAGGAGGUGGUGCUCUACUGCCUGGAGAAAGACGUGCGAGAGGUGAAUCGUCGGGACAACGCGGGCUACACGGCGCUCCAUGAAGCCUGCGCGAGGGGCUGGACUCACAUCGUCCAGAUGUUGCUGGAACACGGCGCCGACAUCAACUGCAGCUCCCAGGACGGAACACGGCCAAUCCACGACGCAGUGGCUGGUGACAAUCUGCCUGUGGCGUGGAUGCUGUUGAAUCGGGGGGCGGACCCCACCUUGGCCACCUACUCUGGACAGACAGCAGUCAAACUGGCCCAGAGCCCCAACAUGAAGAUAUUUCUCAGCGAAUACUUCGCGGAUUUGGAUGGACGCGCUGACAACGAUCCUGGCCUACAGUGGGAUUUCUACAGCAGUUCUGUGUUUGAGACUGAACAGGAUGCAUGCUGGGACUUCCUGCUAUCAUGCCCUGAGGAGGAGAAGGAGGAGAGGAAGGAGAUGAAUGCAGAGAAGGACUGCUUCCUGUUUGAGUUCUCCACAGAGCCCCUCCUACCCUGCUACUACGUUCAGGUGUCACUGUCACAGGGGUUUUGUAAUUGGUUCCUCUUGUCUGACGUCCUGAAGCGGCUCAAGAUGUCCGCACGGAUAUUCCGAGCACGGUACCCUCACUUCGAGGUGGUGAGCAUCUCGUGGUCCGAGCUGUGCAGACAGGUGUCCAUCAGCCAGGUGACGCCAGUCCCGCGGGAUCCUCAGGUAGGUGGAGGUGCCGAAGCGGACGGGCCGGUGGAGCUGGUGCGCUGCGUGUCGGACUUACAAGGACUGCUGGGAUCCUCUGUAGAGCUCCUUGAGGAGGAACCAUUGGACACAGACUACCCCUCUGCUCGGUAGCAAUGCCUACCUGCCCAAACCUUUCCCAGAGUGGACUCCCAAUCAUUCAGUAGCAAGCAGAUCAAAUAAAAAGGGAAAUAAGACGGAAGGCGUGUCAUCUGGCACAAUGAGGUCAUCGCGGUGGCCGAUGGUACACAAACAGAACCAGCGUUUUGCACAGUCAGAGUUUGGCAAGGUGAUGCAACACUCUAGACACAUCAGUUUUUGAAUAUUAGUUUGGGGGAUGCUCAUCCUAAGCCACCUGUCGCUUCCUGACAAAGAGGAAUGAAGAAUGAAGAAUCUUGUCCUUAUUUUCCAUGACAUUACACCAUUGAGGAGGGUAGGUAGGGGUGGGCACCAUCGGACAGCAACUUUCAGGUUUCAAUCUAUAGGUAUUUUUCAGUAUCCAAUAAAUGUUUUAAAAACCUUUUGUAUGAA